AGUGAUAUUCAAGGUAGAGGAGCUGCUUUCUCAACUGCAGUAAGUACUGGAGACUCGUGAGGUUAACUGGAAGCAUGUGCUCUCCUGUCUCUCCACCCUGCUCGUGUACAAUCCAAACACCCAGCCAAGCCUCAAAGGUACACACACACACACACACACACACACACACACACACACACACACACACACACACACAGACACUUAGUUAUUUCCAAAAAUGCUCCCAUGGGCUCCCGAGUGGCGCAGCGUUCUAAGGCACUGCAUCUCAGUGCUAGAGGCGUCACUACAGACACCCCGGUUAGAAUCCAGGCUGUAUCACAACUGGUCGGGAUUGGGAGUCCCACAGGACGGCGCACAAUUGGCCUAGCAUCGUCCGGGUUUGGCCGGUGUAGGCCAUCAUUGUAAAUAAGAAUCUUAGCUGACUUGCCUAGUUAAAUUAAGGUCAAAUAAAUCAAUAAAAAAUGAAAUUUCUCUCUUUGUACAUCAGAGCUCCAGUCCAGGUUCCUAAGCUCAGCAUUUGAGUUUUUUUUAUUUAUUUAACUAUGCAAGUCCGUUAAGAACAAAUUAUUUUUUACAAUGAGGGCCUACCCCCGUUCAAACCUUCCCCUAACCUGGACGAUUCUGGGCCAAUUGUGCGCCGCCCCACGGGACUCCCUCUAGCACUGCGAUGCAGUGUCUUAGACCGCUGCACCACUCGGGAGCACUUGACUUGGAGAACAUGAUCACUGCUUUCCUCCUGGCCCGUAAGGGUGCACUGGAAGGGCCUGGUGUUUUCCCCUCGUACAGUGAAUGGUUUAAGGCUAGUCCCCUCAGAGUUUAGUUAGUGGCUACUAGAAUACCAAUAUGUUGGUCCCCUCUCUUAGACAAAGUUGACUUCUCUCCUGUCUUCCUGGAUGUGUUUCGGUGGUGCCGGCAGUUACCAUUGGAACAGUAAGAAGUCUGUGGUUUUCUUGCUGAAGUUCCUGUCGGACAUAGUGUCCUUUGACCCCCGCAGUACCUGAAGGUCAGGUGACAGAUACUCUGGCUCUGCUUUAACACUUUACUGCUGGACUGGGCCUUUAGUCAGACUGGUUCCCUUGCCAAGACCAGACUGGCUGACCUGAAGGUAGGGCCUAGAGAGUCACUGAACCAGUAUGUGAGGCGUAUAUAGAUCAGCUGAGACAACCCAGUUAUUCCAAUGUAUCUAACUCUGACUGGUUGACUUACCAUACCACAAACCCUCUCAUUCAGCAGCUCAUUCAUCUCCUCUCCUCCAGCUGUAUGAACAGGGUCCCCCUCUCUCUGUCUGCAGGAGAUUGGCCUUUAUGAGGAUGUCUCUAGGGCAGGAGCUCUUGUGCAGGUUUGAGCGCCCUCUGCUGGUUGUAUCUAUUCAAUUAAUGUUUUUCAUGCGUUAAUUAUGUGUGUAUCAGUGUUGUGUGUUUGUGUGCAAUCUUCCUUCUCAGCCCCAGUGUCAGGCAGGUCAGGAUGUGGACAAGGCAGUCUCUUUGUUUGAGAGCACAGGAAGGAUAUCUGACACAGUCAUCAUGGAGGGCUGCAUGUUCAGAAGGCCAUAUUCCCUGACUCGUUUUCUCCCUGCCCUCCUAACUCCACGUGUGGUGGAGAACAUGAUCCUCAGGAGCUUCUGCCAGAGACUUUUGGACGCCUCCGGAAUUAAGAAAUAAUACAGAAUUGUCACUACUUGAUUUUCUUUCCAGUCCAUCUGCACAUAGUUGUGUAUAUUAUGUUCUUCUUAGCCUCCACAAGUGUAACUGCAAGUCAGCUUAAAACUGCACUUCUCUCCUUUGAGCUUAAUGUGCUCUGUGACCCAAGACCGAGCCCCUGGGUGUCCCAGUUUGUCAACAUCCUGCUGGGACACAGAAAGCUGCUCACUGCCCUCCUGCACCGCAUGUGGGACCUGUUCCACAACAAGGGGAUCAUGUGGGACCUGCUCCACAACAAGGGGAUCAUGUGGGACCUGCUCCACAACAAGGGGAUCAUGUGGGACCUGCUCCACAACAAGGGGAUCAUAUGGGACCUGCUCCACAACAAGGGGAUCAUGUGGGACCUGCUCCACAACAAGGGGAUCAUAUGGGACCUGCUCCACAACAAGGGGAUCAUGUGGGACCUGUUCCACAACAAGGGGAUCAUAUGGGACCUGUUCCACAACAAGGGGAUCAUGUGGGACCUGUUCCACAACAAGGGGAUCAUGUGGGACCUGCUCCACAACAAGGGGAUCAUAUGGGACCUGCUCCACAACAAGGGGAUCAUAUGGGACCUGCUCCACAACAAGGGGAUCAUGUGGGACCUGUUCCACAACAAGGGGAUCAUGUGGGACCUGCUCCACAACAAGGGGAUCAUAUGGGACCUGCUCCACAACAAGGGGAUCAUAUGGGACCUGCUCCACAACAAGGGGAUCAUGUGGGACCUGCUCCACAACAAGGGGAUCAUAUGGGACCUGCUCCACAACAAGGUGUCCAUAUAUAUAUUUUUUUAUCUGUCUCGCUCUCCAUCUCACUUUCCCUCUCUCUCUCACUCUCUCCAACUCAUUUUCCCUCUCUCUCUCGCUCUCGCUCUCCAUCUCACUUUCCCUCUCUCUCUCACUCUCUCCAACUCAUUUUCCCUCUCUCUCGCUCUCGCUCUCUCCAUCUCACUUUCCCUCUCUCUCUCACUCUCUCCAACUCAUUUUCCCUCUCUCUCGCUCUCGCUCUCUCCAUCUCACUUUCCCUCUCUCUCUCGCUCUCUCCAUCUUAUUUUCCUGCUCUCUCUCUCUCUUUCUUACCCCCUCUACUCUUUCUUAUAGCCUCUCAUAGUCUUCUUUUGUCCUUCCCUAUA